GGCCAUUUAGCUUCGUUGGACGUCUAUCCCUUUCUCCUCCUCUUAAACGCCGUUGACUGAAAUUCGGAGCAACCACCCCCAUUCUCAACAUGGCAGCGCGUACCACAAAGUGAGCGCGUUCCUAUUUCCCGCCACCGCUUCUAAAACUAAAAAGAUAGGCAGAAUGGAAGAAACCGGCGAUGUACGGCGAGGUAAGCGCAAACAACAUUCACACAACACAGAAGCCGCAGAGAACCACCCUCAUUCUCCGCCGCACAAAAGGCGGCGGCGCAGAAGAGUGAAGUCCGAAUCUAAAACCCUAACCCGAGCAUCCGACCCGCCACCGCCGCCGUCGUCGUCAUCCAGGUUCCAAUUAUUAUCGCCUUCGUAUCGGAAGCACACGAAGCGGCAACCGAGUCGAACCCAGACAGAGAGCUCCCGGGAGUGGGCUUCCUCUCCCUGCAGCUCUUCUGCUUCCACCUAUGGAGAGAAAUUUGUGGUUGUUUCUUAUAACAUUCUGGGUGUGGAAAAUGCAUCCAAGCACCCAGAGUUGUACUACAAAGUCCCACCCAUGUUCUUGGAGUGGAACCGCCGCAGGAAGCUUAUUCGGAAGGAGAUCAAUCGUUACAAUGCUAGCAUCAUGUGCUUGCAGGAGGUUGAUCGUUUUGAUGAUUUAGCUCAUCUUUUCCGGAAAGAUGGGUUCGAAGGUGUUUAUAAGGCGCGCACGGGUGAAGCAAAUGAUGGAUGCGCCAUAUUUUGGAAAAAGGAAAUGUUUAGCCUUUUACAUGAAGAAAAUAUAGAGUUCCAAAGUUUUGGACUUCGUAACAAUGUUGCUCAACUUUGUGUAUUAAAGAGUAACCAAAAUCAAUUAGAGUCAGACAUACCUCCUGGAACGAGUCCAUACACCCAAAGUAGAAGCUUAGUGAUUGGGAAUACACAUCUACUAUUCAACCCAAAACGUGGAGAUAUCAAGCUAGGGCAGGUCCGACUGUUUCUUAAAAAAGCUUACGAGCUAUCACAAGAGUGGGGCAUCAUCCCUGUUAUAAUUUCCGGAGAUCUAAAUAGCAUCCCACAGAGUCCUAUGUACCAUUUCCUAGCUUCUUCUGAGUUGGACAUCCGACUACAUGACCGCAGAGGUAUAUCCGGACAGUUUGUCCUGAACUUGAAUCACAGAGGCUUCAGAUUUCAGAAUGAGCAAGCAAGCAGGCCAUUUUCAUAUAUAUGGAGCGAGGAAGAAGUAAGGCUUGCAACUGGCAGUGAAGUAGUCACGUGUCUUCGGCAUGAUUUGAAGCUUUGCAGUGCAUACCUGGGAGUACCUGGUAGUUGUAGAACCAGAGAUAGGUCUGGAGAACCCUUGGCAACGUCAUACCACUCCGAGUUUAUGGGAACUGUUGAUUAUAUUUGGCAUACCGAGGAACUUGUUCCUGUCAGAGUUCUUGAAACCUUACCAGUCAAUGCUUUAAGAAGAGAUGGAGGACUCCCCAGCAAGCAAUGGGGCAGCGAUCAUCUUGCUGUUGUAUGCGAACUGGCUUUUCGUAGAUAAUAGCAGUACUGAAGCUCCAACUCCAGCUGUAGCACAGGGAAGUUACGUUCUAAACGUUUUGUUCCGCGUCAAGUUCCGAUGGCUGUAAUGUUUACGGGGCGGGGCUUCUGCACAUUUACGGUGCUCCUAGUUUUUUCGGGGAGUUUAAAAACCAUUCGAAUUUUGAAAAUGUACAUUUAUCGGGUUUUUAUUGUUUGCUGGAUUGAGUCCAGCUAAUUUCGGGCUUGAAGUUUUUCUUUUGAACUUGUAAAGUUAUCGAGGACGUGUAGCAAAGCAGGACAUUCUUAAUCGCAUUUUCUUUUGAAUCCAACAAUUCCUUUUCGGUACCAA